AUGAAGCGGAAACCUAAUGACGGUGCUUCCUCCUUUGUUGGAGUCUCUGUUGGUUCCUCCUUUGUUGGAGUCUCCGUUGGUAGCCCUUGUAGGUGUCACCGUGUUCCAAGGUUUUCUGUUCUUCCCCAAUACUUUGACUGUGGGGACUGUAAUUUUUCUGCUUCUCUCUCCCUGUUCCACCUGCUUCCCACCGCCUAUUGGUCGAUCUCUUUACCAACAACACAACUCCUAAUUGUUAUUCAAUUUCUUCCUUAUCAGGUGUUUAGGCAUGGUCAUGUUGUGGUGCUUAAAUUAUGGUUUUACGAUGUGUUGGACAUUUUUGCCCCUCUUUUGCUUUUUCGUUUCUUCCUUGGUGUUGCAGACAGUUCGCUUGACUCCGGUGUGCUUGAAAGCAUUUAUAUAGUGUUUGUUCCUCAUCGCCAUAGUCUUGCUGCUGGUUUUUGUUGCUUCCUUUAUUUUGGACCAUUUUGCCCUUACUUGCUUCUAUUGUUUCUUACAGCCGGUUGCCCUUGGAACCUUGACUUUGCACCAAACAAGGAUAAUGACUCUUCUUCCUCAUCCAGUUCAGAUGAUCCUAUAAAGAAGAAAGGAAGUAAAAAUGGGAAGUUGAAAGUAGCCAUCUUCACCGAUGCAGGCUUAUAA